GCAAAUGGCUCAGCUUAGUCUUACAAUUGUCUGGUUACUCUUCUUAAGUCUGUACCUUUGUGCAUGUCCUACUUCUGCCCAGCUAAGUCGACACCACUAUGCCACAACCUGCCCCAAUGUUGAAAACAUCGUCAGAGAAGCGGUUAAAAAGAAAUUCCAUCAAACAUUUCUCACUGUUCCUGCUACCAUUCGUCUCUUCUUCCACGAUUGCUUUGUCCAGGGUUGUGAUGCUUCACUUUUGGUAGCAUCGACGGCACACAACAAAGCAGAGAAGGAUCACCCUGACAAUCUUUCAUUGGCCGGAGAUGGGUUUGACACGGUGAUCAAAGCAAAAGAAGCAGUAGAUGCUGUUCCGUUGUGCAGGAACAAAGUCUCAUGCGCUGAUAUUCUCGCCAUGGCAACCCGGGAUGUUAUUGCACUGGCUGGUGGACCCUACUAUGAGGUUGAAUUGGGAAGAUUUGAUGGGCUAAGAUCAAAAGCUUCAGAUGUACAUGGGAGGCUCCCUCAGCCAGACUUCAACUUGAACCAGUUGAAUUCCCUGUUUGCGGCAAACGGGCUUACUCAAACCGAAAUGAUUGCCCUCUCAGGUGCUCACACCGUUGGAUUCUCCCAUUGCAACAAGUUCACGGAUAGAGUAUAUGAUUACAAGAGUAAAAGUCGAGUGGACCCUACAUUGAACUUGCAAUACGCAGUAGAGCUGAAAGCAAUGUGCCCUAGGAAUGUGGAUCCAAGGAUUGCUAUCAAUAUGGACCCAACCACUCCUAAGAAAUUCGACAAUGUUUAUUUCAAGAAUCUUCAGAUGGGGAAGGGCCUCUUCACCUCAGACCAAGUCCUCUUCACGGACCGAAGGUCCAAGGCCUCAGUAAAUGCAUUUGCACGAGAUAGCAAAACCUUCCAUGCCAAUUUCGUUGCUGCCAUGACCAAAUUGGGCCGAGUUGGAGUCAAGAAUGCACGCAAUGGGAACAUUCGUACCCAUUGUUCCGUGCUUUAAUUUACUGGUGGAUUACUUUCAAAUUAA